AAAUAUUAUUAUCGGCAAAGCAAAAUUCUCACAUUUUUACAACUACUGGUUUUAAAGUGAGCGCAUGUUUACAUUUGGAUUAAACAUUUAGAUCUUGACAUUUUCAUUAUUUCGAAUGGACUGGAAGUGUGAAAACGUAAAAGAAAAAUAGAAAAAGGACUUAUACAGUGAAAAAAAGGAAUGCAGAUUUUAAGAAAAAAGUUUAUUUAGUACAAAUUGAAAUAGUCAAUAUUGUCAUUGUGCACGGAGAAUUUUUGGAUGUGCUGUGUGUAUCGAUACAUCAUGUAAUUUCGCGAUCAACAGGUGUCAACACUUGCAGUAAGGCACAGUGAUAAACAACAAGGGGUUUUAUUUCUUCAUGGAUAUAUAUUAGAAACGUAUUCGCACUCUAUAAAAUGGCAUGGGGAGGGCGUGAGCGCUCGAACAUGGAGUUUACGACCACCGUGGGAAGAGGUUUAUUGCUAAUGAUUCUGGUGUUAAUUAUGGAUCUUAGAGUUAGUGCCGAGGUGACAUAUUCAGUGGAGGAGGAACAGGGGUCAAAGUUAAUUGGCAAUGUUGGUGAGGAUUAUGACCUGCGAUCUACCAUGACACAAGAGGAGUAUUCGAACCUAGCCUACAAGAUUCUGUCUAGUGGUAACAGUUUAGCUCAUUUCUUUCAAAUUGACUCAUCCGGACAGCUUUUUACGAAAGAGCCUAUAGAUCGAGAACAGCUUACACAUUGCUCAAGGGAACUGACGUGUGUGAUAUCUCUAGAUAUUGCCGUCAAAGCGACGAUAGGUGCGUUCUUCCGUAAAAUUAACGUAAAAAUUGAAGUUAUAGAUAUAAACGACAAUAGCCCGGUCUUUCUUAAAGGAAUUGAUAGCGCUUCAUUUCUAGAAAAUUCAGAGGGUGCUAUAGCUUCUAUUGAUGGGGCUGAAGAUAAUGACGCCGGGAAUAACACGGUAGUUAGAUAUUACGUAGACACCCCAGACGUUCCAUUUGACGUCAUGUUAGAAAAAAUGGAGGACGGUAGUUCAACUGUAAAAAUAAUCGUAAAUGGAAAAUUAGACCGCGAAGAAAAAGAGUUCUAUCAAAUAAGAAUUGUGGCAGAAGAUGGGGGUACGCCAAAGAAAACAGGGGCAAUAGUUGUAGAUAUCACUGUACAAGACAUGAACGAUAAUUCGCCAAAGUUUGACCGUCCAUUCUACAACGUUACGUUGAAUGAAGACACGGCUAUUAACACGGUGUUUGAGACAAUAUCAGCCACGGACGCAGAUGCUGGUGAAAACGGUCGAGUUGAGUACAGCCUAAGUGCUAAUCAAGAUGAAUCAAUUCUUAAUACGUACGCUAUUAAUCCUACUACAGGUGAGCUUAGCGUCAUCAGUCAGUUAGUUUACGUAGCAAAUGAGCAGACGUUAAUAUUUGUAGAGGCCACUGACAAAGGUCCUCAACCAAGGCCCCAGCAAAUUCGAGUUUACGUUAAUAUAAUAGACCUUAGUAAUAAUCCGCCAGAAAUUAAUGUAAACAUUCUCCAAGGAGACAUCAAUGCACGAAUCUCGGAAUAUGCCAACGUUGGUGCACCCGUUGCUCAUAUUGCCGUCAUUGACAGUGACACAGGACGUAACGGCAAAGUUGAAUGUAUUGGGAUAAGUGAUAAUUUCGGAUUAGAAAGAUAUGAAACAAAUGAAUAUAAAGCAGUUGUUACAAAACCUUUGAAUAGGGAACUUGUGGAGACACAUGAGGUCACUAUAAUCUGUAGAGACAGUGGAUCGCCGCCGUUAAAUACGACAACCAGUUUUAUUGUAGUUGUAGUUGACCAGAAUGACAAUGCUCCGAGAUUUUCACAAGGGACUUACUUUGCAAAAGCUGAAGAAAAUAACCUCGUUGGUGACGUAGUAGCUAAAGUAUCAGCCACGGAUAUUGAUUCAGGGAACAAUUCUAAAAUUGAAUAUAAGCUCGUAAGCACGAGUGGAUAUAGCUUCUGGAUCGACCCUGACCUUGGCGAAAUUCGAGCCAAUUUUAGACUAGACAGAGAAAAUGUGUCACAACUAGAAAUCGUUGUCGAGGCAGAAGAUCAUGGGGACCCGAAGAUGUCAGCUACAUCGACCGUUAUUCUUUCAGUCACUGAUCAAAACGAUAAUUAUCCAAUCUUUUCGCAACCUAAUUACGAGUUCUUUGUUUUAGAAGGUGUUCCGCACAAUACCACCGUAGAUCAGUUAACAGCCACGGAUAAAGAUUACAGGGAGAACGGCACGGUUUCUUUCUCUUUUAACACACCGCCUCCAUCUAGCUUCCCAUUCAUCCUGUAUUCGGACGGGACAAUUAAGAUGAUACGGACUUUAGACAGAGAGAAGCAAGGGACAUAUAAGUUCACGGUCGUCGCCUCGGAUCAGAGCGCUAAACCUCUGAGCAGCUCGGUUACUGUAACAGUGAUUGUUCUCGAUGUCAAUGAUAAUGCACCAGUGUUUAUCUUCCCUGAUAAAGAUAACAACACAGUUACGAUUCCGCUUUCAAGUACACCUGAAUCGGUCUCAAUUGUUGUCGAAGCAACUGAUAUCGAUGCCGAUAGUAACGGAGAAGUGUCUUAUUCAAUACUAGAUAAUAAUGUGACAAGUUUGUUUUAUAUUGAAAGUGCAAACGGCGUAGGAAAUGUAAAACUACGCCGCUUACCCAGUUCAUCAGAACCGCUAGAGUAUGCGUUUAUAAUUAAAGCAGUAGACAACGGUAGGCCAAGCCAAUAUUCUUUGCAACUUUUGUCUGUAUCGUUUACAAAAGACGCUGAAGCGCCAGUGAAUAGACAAAAUUUUCUAAUUGCUAUAUCAUUGGGCUGUGUUACAGUAGUUUUAUCAAUUGCAAUAGUCUUAACUAUAUACCUCAUCCGUCGUCAUGAUAGACUCCAGUUAAAGUCAAGUGCUGCUCAAUAUGACGACAGGGCAGACAUGGAAAUCGUCCCUGGUGAUAUGAAGCACAGGGAAGAACUUGGCAGUACUUCCUCUGGAAGCAAAGAAAGUUUAAAGAAAGUUAGCUUUUCAACGGACCAUAACUCGAGUCUUGAGUCCGAGCCCAACCGGGACGUGUCCCAGUCUCCAUUGGUGAACCUCGAUAACAUGAAGAAUACAAUGGUUGAGAAUGGGCGUGUUCCUAGUUCAGCAUCAAGUCCUCGUAGUUAUUCUUCUAGUCACCCAGAUCCUGAUAUGCAGAGGCUUGAUCCAGCCACAGUUCUACAAAUUCAUAGGUCACUUUUACAGUCACAUGAUCAGUUAUGGACCAAUCACAGAGACGGACACACAAUCAUAUAAAGACAGUUACAUUUGCCAAUAAACCUAUGCUGCAUCAUUUUGCUAAAGACAAUCAAUGGCGGGAUGCCACUAACUUUCCAUAUAACAGUAAUUCUUCUCAUCAUUUAAAGUAUGCGCAUCCUCCUCCAAAACCUCCGCACAAUAAACCCGUGUUACCAAUGAGGGACUAUGUGAGGUCACCCUCAACGUCAUCUAGUCAUUCUCAACAAAGUGUGCCCAAGUAUGGGAACAAACUUUCACCAAUCAACGACGCAUCAAGUCAUAUGACGUCUUAUGAUGAAGAUGACGAAACGACUACGUCAGGAAGCUAUACAAUCGAUAAUGAUCAUGAUUGGAUGAAUGAUUCACAGCCUCCAAGGUCAUACUUCCUGUCCCACAACGAGGCUUACUGCUAACUGUGAUAAAUAGAUUUAUUUUGUAUCCAAACCAUGUGCAAUAUGAACUGAUAUGUGACGAACAGAUAGGCCAGUCUAAAAUAAUUAUACUUCCUGUGACAAAAUGGUCGUGGAUUAAUUCCAGUGUUGGUACUUUAGCUACAUGUCGUGUCUUCCAUUUUGAUUGUUGUUAUUGUUGUUUAUUCCUUCUUUGUGAAAUCCAUUGUUCCAUAAUGAUCUAUAAGAUCGAAUUAUAUGUAAUACAUUAUAUGAUCUCACUACUAAAAUGUUUUGCUAAAAGUAUGUACAAUGUACAUGUAAUAUGAAUGUUGAGUGACAAAUUAGUAUUGUGACGUAAUGAAAGUAUUGUUUAAAACUUGCUAUAGAUAUAUAACUAUGUUGAUCAAAUUUGGAUACUUGAAAAUUUUAUCCUAAUUUUAUCGUUGUGCAGACGAUAAAAUUGAGUUGCAGACGAUUAUAUAUAUACGGUUGCUGCAGAUUUUUUUAAAAAUUAAGCUGUAGAUGUUAAAUAAUUUGUGCUACUGAUGAAAUAAAUUUGCAGACGAUAAAAUUCAUAUAUGCAGCAGACGACACAAUUAAGUGUUGAAUAUGAAUGAUGCAGGUGAUGCAAUAAAAUUGCAAAAUUAGCAAAUGAAUUUAUGCUGGCCGGCAAACGACAAUGUAAAUGUGCACAGUUAAAUUACAGACGACAAUUAUAAGAUGCACUUGACAUAAAAAAUAUCGCCGUAUAUUAAAAAAUUGACACCAAGUUUAGUGUACGUGAACAUGUCACCAAUUAGAGCUAGAACAGAAUGCUAACUGUACGUCUAUGAAAUUAAUGAUAUUUUUAUUUCACUGAAACUUUAUAUUUUGAACAAGUGCGGUAUAUAAUCAAAUCUCUUAAUAAUUUGUCAUGUUAAAAGGUAUAAAUAGAAAAUGUUUUAACUGGUGCAAUUGUACAUGAUUGUGUAAUUGACUUAAACUGUCUUUAUAUUUUCGUAUACCAGUUGUCAGAUAUUAUUCCCAUGCAUUCGCAGACGGACUGUAUUUAACCAUGUAUAAAAUGUGAUAUUUGAAAUAAUUGAUUUAUAUAUAUGUAUGAAAUAUAAAUACAGCAUUAAGGUGCUAUUUUAUUAUAAAAUAUAAAACAAUGAAAUGAAACAAAAUAUGUUGUUGUU